AUGACGACAGAAGGAGUAGUAGAGGAAUCAUCUUUACAGCUGCUCAUUGAUAAUACAUCAAGUGUCGUAUACUUAAUCGUAGCGUUUAUGACUGGCAUCAUGUUUGGAGCUCAUUUCUUACAACCUAAAAAUAAUACAGAUAAUAAUAAUACUUCAUCAUCAGCAACUGCUACUGCCACUGCUACUGCUACUUCUACUACUAAACCAUCGAUUAAAGUUGAAGAUGACGAAUCGACAGACGAAGAAAGUGAUUUCGAUGAAGAUUUCGAUGAUCAACAAGAAGAAUGUAAAAUGGUAUUAAUUGUUCGUAACGAUUUAAAAAUGGGAAAAGGAAAGAUUGCUGCUCAGUGCUGUCACGGCACUUUAGGUGCAUACAAGUCGGCCACGAAAAAGGAGGAAUUCAAGGAUCUACUCAAACGUUGGGAAUAUGGAGGUCAAGCUAAAAUAGCCAUCAAAGUAGAAAGUGAAAAAGAACUAUUGGACAUUGAAAGGGAAGCAAGAAAACUUAAACUUCCAAACUAUUUAGUGGUCGAUGCUGGAAGAACUCAAAUUGAAGCUGGAACUUGUACUGUAUUGGCUAUUGGUCCUGCUCCAAAGUCUCUCAUCGAUACUGUUUCAGGUCACCUUAAAUUAUUAUAA